AUGUUCGACAGCGAAGCUGAUGCAUGGUACGGCAUUCCGGACUUCGACAUACUCGCCAAGAACAUUACGGUUCCAGGGCUGGCACCUCGGUUUCCUCAGGCUCACUGCACCAAAGACGGCGAGGUUUGUCAGAUGACCACCGAUGAAGGCGAGAUUAAUGCCGCUGCCUCUCUCACCGCUCUGUGGAUGUCAGGAUUCUUCGACCUCACCAACACGUAUUUCCUCAUUGCCGGGAUCGGCGGUGUUGAUCCGCAUAUCGCAACAACGGGAUCCGUGACCUUCGCCAGAUUCGCAGUCCAAUUCGAUCUUCAGUACGAAUUUUCGCAGUCUCAGGUUCCUGCCAAUGCGUCUUCAGGCUACUAUCCCCAAAGCGCAUACUAUCCGGACGAGUUCAAUCCGCGUGAUUACCCUGGAGAAAUCUACGGAACAGAAGCAUUUGAACUGAACGACAAUCUCAAGAAGAGAGCGGUUUCCCUUGCGAAGCGGGCGACACUGAACGACACUGAUGCAGCACAAGCAUACCGAUCCAAGUACGCAUUUGCACCCGCCGACCAGCCUCCUGCAGUCGUCGAAUGUGAUUCUGGCACGAGUAACAACUACUGGUCCGGAAGCGUUCUCGGAGACGCCUUUGCUGCGUACACCAAACUUCUCACGAAUGGAUCUGGCCUGUACUGCAACACUCAGCAAGAAGACAAUGCUUCACUAGAGGCACUCAUGCGUGGCGCUCUGUUUGGUAAACUGGACUUCAGUCGCAUCAUCAUCAUGAGGACCGCUUCCGACUUUGAUCGCGCUCCAGCAGACGAGACCGAGGUGUAUCAUCUCCUGUACGCGGAUCAACAGGGCUUUACGCCUAGUAUUGAGAACCUUUACCAAGCUGGAAUUGAAAUUGUGAAGGAUGUGCUGGAGCAGUGGGAAGAUUUGUAUGCUGACGGCGUCAAAGCUGAGAACUAUGUUGGAGAUUUGUUGAAUAGUCUGGGGGGAGAUGUGAUGCCUGAUAUUGGGACGGAGGCUGUCUGGAUCAAUUGA